CCCCUUCAUCUCCACAUCAAAAUCCUUCCCACUCCCUUUCUCUCAAUCACAUUCUAGCACAACCCCUCACUCUCAAACACUCUCUAGUGCAACAACAUGGCUCACCAAAGUUGCUCUAUCUUUGCCCAGUUCCUCACUUUCGCUUUCUUGAUGGCAACAACAAUGGCAACUCGAGAUCUUCCGUCGUCUCUCGUUAAUGGUGCCAACAAAAAAGAGAUAGAGUGUCUCACCGACAGUACCGGAAGUAAGCUCAUUCCUGGUAUUGGUCGAGUCAUGGUGCCAUCCUUUGGUGGCGUUCCAAGCGGUAUUCCGGGGUUUCUCGGGGGUGGAGACGGAAUUGUGGGAGGUAGCUCACCUGGGGGUUAUAUCCCUGGGGGUGAUGAUACCUUUGGGCCUAACCCUGGCUAUGAAGCCCCUGCUGGUGGGAUCCCUAGCACUGGGGAUGGGGGCUCUCCUUGAUUAUGCCGGCUUAAGUGUUUCUUUAGAACAAUGUUUGUUGAAGCCUUGUUCAUGGGUCGGAAUAAGUAUAUUGGUGCCAAUAGUUGCAUUAAGCUUGCGCAUUUGUUGGGUUUUGUGUGUUUCUAUGCAGUUCUUAGUUUGGAGUACGUCGAAGGUUAUGAGUAUGUGGUGCUGGUUGUAAUUUGUUGUUAGUGUAAUGGAUUUGAGUUAUGCCAAAGAUAAUAUCUUGCUCUGUUUUUGUUUUUC